AUGGAAGCUCAAAUCAAAGAACUUAUUCCUUUCUUGCAUCAACCUGCUUUAGAGAUUAGAGCCAUUGCACUUCAUCAUCUUGUUCCUUAUACGCCAAAUGGAAAUGAAUACCGUCAUCUAUUGCUCGAGCAAAAAGCUGGUGUUUGCAAAGAUCUUAAAGCUUUGUGUAAAGAGGAUCCAGUAACCGCUCAUGACGCUCUUCGUGCAUUGAUCAACCUAUCCAGCGAUCCACUUGUUCAACAUGAACUAGAUGACCUUGAUUUCCUCAACUACAUUGGCAGAUUAAUCACUAAUGCCAAAUCCGUUCUUGCCGAUCUUGCUUGUAUGCUUUUAUCUAACAUGACCAAAUUUGAACCCACCUGUGUCAAAGUUAUCAACAGCAAGGCUGAACCAGUCGAAGGACUCAUCGAAUCCACCCGUUUAUUAGAUCAACUCGUCGAGGUCUUCCACAAAGGCUACAAGAAGGAAUACAACCCUGAGGCUGAAUUUCACUUUUUAGCCAGCGUGUUCUCCAACGUGUCAAGUAUUCGCUUGGGCCGUGUCUUUAUGAUCGAACCUGCUCCUGCAGACAAAUUAUCCCCACUCACCAAGAUUCAAAUUUUCACUGAAGAUCGCAAUGUCAUUCGUCGUGGCGGUGUGGAUUCUGUCAUUAAGAACUGCUGUUUUGAAACUCGUGAGCAUGAACGUCUUUUAGAUCCCAACGACAUCAAUGUGUUGCCUUUCAUCUUAUUGCCCUUGUGUGGCAAUGAAGAGUACGAUAUUGAAGAAUUUGAACAGUUCCCUGAAGAGAUCCAAAUGUUGGAUGACGACAAGAAACGUGAAAAUGAUCGCAUGCUUCGUGAAAUGUUGUUGGAAUCUAUCAUUUUAUUAGCAUCCACUCGUUAUGGCCGUGAUUAUCUGCGCCAAAAGCAAGUUUACCGCGUCAUUCAGCGUCUUCAUUUACAAGAAACAGAUGAAGAUCUCAAGGAGCACUGUGUCACCAUUGUCGAUUUAUUGGUCCGUGAUGAGGAUGGAGCCGAAGUAUCUGAAAUCAAGCCCAAAGAAGAUGAAGAUGACGAGGAUAUGAUUAUUGAAGAAAUUGCUUAA